AUCCCAAAUGUGGAACCCACUGGUUGUGGGAAGUCAUAGAGAUGCUAAAUAGUGGGACUCUCCAGCAUCAAAAGGAUGUCAAAGAGACCCGGAUGAUAGAAUUCCUUUACAAAGAUGGAAUAGAGGCAGUGCCACCUAGACGAAUCUUCAACACCCACCUCCCUCUGCGCAUGCUCCCUAAACAGGUCGUGGAGAAGAAGAUCAAAUGUAUCCAGAUCAUGCGGAAUCCCAAAGACACCUGUGUGUCCUACUUCAACCACCUGAGAGACAUGGUUGCACCGUAUAACUAUGAAGGAGAUUUCACGGAGUUUACAGAGGCGUUUAUGUCAGAGAAAAUUCCGUUUGGGCCCUACUCCACCUAUCUGCAGUCAUGGAAAGACGAGGUGGCAGCUGCACCAGGGUUACCUACCCUUGAUAUAUACUACGAGGACAUGAAAAUUGAUCCUCUCAGGUCUAUCAAAGACGUCGCUAGAUUCCUUGGCCUUGCAUCUACAGGCAAGUUCUGUGAGGAGGUUGGAGAUGCUUGCUCCUUUAAGAAGAUGAAAAAAGUUGACCAGGAAAUGAAAAGUGGACUUCCCAUGAAGAUGUGGGCAGAUGGCACAGGAGGAACGUUCUAUAGGAAAGGUGAAAUCGGGGACUGGAAGAAUUGGUUUACUGUGGCACAAAGUGAGAGAUUUGAUGUAAUAUGGAACAAGAAGAUGAAGGAUUCUGGGUUUGACUUUACUUAUUCACCAGUGUGAGGCCCAGUCAAAUGCAUUGUUUACAUGUGCACCGAGAUAUCCAAGAACCAUGUAUGAAGUGUAAAGGAGCAUUUUGUUUCAUAGAACACUAAUCAGUAAGUACAGGAGACUGUCCGAAGGUAUUUUACGAAGAUCACUACAUCCCUUCUGAUCGUACAUCUUUAGGACAUGGCCACCUUCUUAUUCACAACAAAUGACGC